AGGUGUUGAAUCGCCAGCCAAUCGGCUCACAGCUUCCGCAACUACGCAACUUCCAGGCGUUGUUCUAUCGAUACAUCAGUGUUCAUAUCUAUCUUCUACCUCGUGCACUGAAACGAGCCCCAUGAACUGGCCCGGCGUAAUGCCCUGACUGAUAUGUAUACGUUUUCUCGAACAGUCGGAUCCUAUUUUGUGUUUGAUCUUACAAGGAGCUGCCCAAGUUAAUUUGCGCUCAACUGUUCAAAACCCAUCUAUAUCAACUCCCAGUUCGUCCAAGAUUAUGUAGCUACGAUCUUUCCAUCACCUCCAUUCGAAAUGUUGCAUUCACACCGUGAUAUUUUCCAGACCCUGCCCGCAUAUCGGAAGGGCAAUGGUUCACCUCCAAUUAUGCCUGAUGCCGACCGUUCUUUUGAUUUACCUGGCUCGCAGCCAAAUCCGAAGUUUAAAAGCCAGCCAGGAUCCCAAACAAUCACGGCACGAUAUGACUACAGUAAAUGGCAAUCUGCAUCACUGCCUCUGGUUUGGCUUGCAGUCCGAGACAACGUUAUCCCGCCUCACGCUGUUCCAUUUGGCUCGGAUGAUCAUGGACCUCUUUUCAUUGCCCGAGCUUAUUUAGAAGGAGCAUUUUUCCUGGGGAAGGCUGGUUCUCAGCUCACGAAGGGUGCCAUCAUCAGCGACGGAAGUCAGAAUAUAACGGUGACCCAGUAUGACAUACUCGUGUGCGCCGCACGGCUGAGUUGGGAUAUCCCACAUUCUUCUGGGACAGGCUUUAUACACCAGGACACCGUGAUUACGAAACAUGACAUCAACUACCACCUUGAGCCAGCUCCCCUGUAUCGUCAGGAUAUUCCUGAAAAUGCUCCUGAUCUCGCGGAUACUUACAACAGGGUCAAUCAUGAUGACAGUCAGCGUUCGGUAACCCCCGACCCCUUCAUCGCUGCAUCGCAUAUUAGGGCGCGGUCAGUUGCUCGCAGCAACUCUAGACAUGACCUGUCAUCAAACGAAUCCUUAGACGUCGACAUAUGGAAAGCUGAUGCUGCUUCCGUCUUCAGGCCUCCUCUUGAGUUAACGGAGAGGUCACGAUCACUUCCUCCCUGGACGAGAACUUCAGCGGAGUCGAAUUUUGAUGUUCGGGAGGAUCUGGUUACUUUUCGGUCCGACAGUGCACGAAGCGCUGGUGUUUCUGCGAUUGUUACGUCCACUCACAAGCCUGAGUACGCGCCGGUGCCCCACCCACGUGUGGCAACAUCAUCAAGAGCUGGAGUCUGUCUCGAUUGGCCCGGUCAAGAAUCUUACAGAUCCCCCGCCGUGCCUAGCGCUGUCGAGUACUCCGCAAGUGAACAAGGUACUCCCGCUGGUUCCUUCGGGAGGUUCGAGUGCACAGGGUUCAGCGAAGUGGCGACUUUCGAUGGUCCUAGCAGUCCACCCCCUGAACCUUUCGCUCAAUCGAUGCGUGCUGGCUUCGUCCAGAAUGUCUUGCCGCUUCGAACGUCUGUAAAUUACCACACAAACAAGCCCUUGUUGAACUUGGCAACUGGCCACUCGUUGGCAAGCAUCGACACUCCUCAGAUUACCAGUUUUUCCAAUGCCUCACCAAAGGACGAUUCUCAGCUUACGUUCAUGCAUUACCCACCUUCCUCACGCAAAAUGUCGAGCGAUUCGUCACCGUCUCGACCAUUUAUAGCUGCCUCUCGCGGUAGUGGGGCAGGCAUUCCACGAAGCCCUGUUUCGUCUCUCCACGCACUUGAUGUCGUCAAAGACAUGAGAAAAUCACAGUCAAACCUGACCAACUCUCCCGUACACUCUGCCGCAGACGCAAUCGGCAUCUCCGCCGGUUCGGACGAUUUCGGUCAUGUCAAUCAGCAUGACCAGUGCGCAUAUCCUAUUGCUGGAACAAUUGCUCAGGCGCAUGAAUGGCGACGUAGUGUGUGGCCCCAGAAAUAUCAGCCAAGGGAAGGUUUAAGUCGUGUUCCGCAACCCGGGCCUACCAUUCCAUCCAUUGCUUCACCCCAAGCUCAGAGCUCUGUCGUUUAUGAUCAUGCAGACGUUAAUUUACGUUCUACCGAGUAUAUACCCUAUGGCGCAUCCAGGAGUCCCAGGGAAACGUUCCCCGAUGGUGGAGACGCGAUCACCUCGGAGCAUGUAUAUGACUCUGAGCAUCGGCAGCUUGUCUCCCGAACAACCUUUGGCAUCGAAACGCAAUUUUGUGACGGGACUGAAAGCGAUGCAGUCGCCAGCGAAUUCGUCACGUCGAUCGUCGACACCCCGGUGAACGCUGGGAUUGUGAAGGAUGAAGUCAAACUUCUGCCUCACCCGGCGCCGCUCAUCACUUCUAUGUCUCAAACAGCUGUGGACAGUAGACGGGGACAGACUAGUACUCUAGUGCAGGAGAGCGCCUUCGAACAGGAGCUCGUUCAAGAAAAUCGGGUCGCAGUUACCGCAUCCUGCGAAAUCACAAGCAUGGGAGAUAUUACAUCGGUUGUUCCCUGCCGCGAAACCGUGGUAGCCGAAGAAUGUAUGCCGUUGUCAACUGUCCCAUAUUCUCCGAGCUUGCCGACUUCACGACGACAGUCUGCCCAGACCUUCUCGCCAGUUACGGGUGACAAGCUCCGUAGGUAUCAUGAGGACGCAGAAUCAUCUGUCUUCGUCCGUGCGCCCUCGGCACUUGGGGAGAACGAUAACGCAACUCUAGCACAAUCAAAAGAUGUAGCAAUCGUAAACCCAGAGAAGUUGUGUCUAGCAUCCAACGGUCGUCGGAAUUCAUCUUUCAGUAAAAAUACAUCGACCAUAGGCCAGAGUUCACUGGUUGCAGAAAUACACGGAGAACCCUGUAGUCAAGACGUAGCAAGGGACUGGCCUGGCCAAAUCUCCUUCACUCCGAAGCUUAUGGGUGGAGAGAAGGAUGUAUCUGCAGAUCGUAAGCCCCAGUCUGCAAUGGGCAGAGAAGACCAUCGUGAACGGGAGACGGAGAGCGAGGUCUUGACAUCUCAUUCCUGUACUGACAAGAUUCUCAGAGGAUACACGUCGGAGUCCGCUACAUUCAACGAUGAUAGGCGGAUAAAUGAGGAUGCCGAUGGCGCUGCGUUGUCCUUGUCCUCGACCAAUACUAGGUUCGAGGUGUUACUUUCCGAACCGGGCAUUCCGCAGAGCGUGGGAACCGAUUAUACUCAGUCUGGAUGCCAGCGCCAGUCUUUAGACGUUCACACAGUUCCAGAGAGUCCCGUGCAGAUAUCGGGCCUUCAUUCGACCGAGAGCAGUUACACCCAAAGACAGGGUCGUGAGGAAGCAGACUCGUGUGUGCUCACCUUGGUACUUGGGGAGAACAACGCAACCGAGAAUACGCAGACGCCGAGUCCAGCACCCAAUGAUCUGCGGAACACGUCUUUCCGUGAAGACACGACAGGUCAGACUUCGUCCUCAAUCGCUAAGCUACAGGAGAGAUCCUGUGGUAAAGAUGUGACUAGGGAUCUGCUUACUCAAGGCCCCUCUAUUUCAAGCGUCGAGCACGACAAUGUGGAUGUAUCGGCAGACUAUAUGCAUCAGGCUUUGGAGGGCAGAAGAGACCAUCCUGGACGGGAGACGGAGAGCGAAGUUAAGCUCAACUUAUCGUCUCAUUCCCGUACCAUCAACGAAAACACGGACGGCACUGUCUCACCCCCGUCAUCAACUAAUACUGGGCCCAAGCUGUCUCUUUUUGAACCGGGCGUUCCCCAGGAUGCGGGACUCGAUCAUAUUCAGUCUGGAUGCAAGCAACAGACAUCAGACGUCAAAACGGUUUCAACGGAUCUCGUGCAUGCCUCGAAUGAUUGCUCGACUGAGGCCAAAGGUCAGAGUCCUCUAGUUACCAAUAUACAAGGGGGACCCUAUGGUCAAGAUGUGGCGAGAGACCAACCUCGUCAACGCUCUUCCGCUUCGAAACUCGAGGACAACGAAAAGGAUGUAUCGGCAGAUUGUAUGUACCAGGCUGUGGUGGGUAGAGGCGGCCAUCAUGAACAGGAGACGAAGAGCGAAGUUACGCUCGACCCGACGUCUCAUAUCAGUACCGUCAGGAUUCUCAGACAAUCCACGUUGGAGACUGCGAUAUUGAACAAUGAUAGGCGGAUGGAUGAAGACACCAACAAUGCCACUGCGUCACCCCCGUCCUCAAUGUCUGCUAUGCCCAAGGUGUCUCCUUCUGAUCCGGGCGUUCCACAGGAUGUAGGAACCAAUCAUAUUCAGUCUGGAUACGAGAACCAGUCUUCUGAGGUCGACACUGUUUCAACGACUCUCGUGCAGACCUCGAGUCAUUGUCGCUUGACCGAGAGUGAAGGAUAUAUCCGACGACAGCCAUCCCAGUCAUUGUCCUGUAGUGACGAGCCUGGUGAAGCAACCUUAGAUACCCACGUCUGUCUGUCCUUGGCACAUGAGCAGAACACUUCAACUUCACCACGAUCCUUGGACAUAUCAAUCGAGAACACACAGAAAUCGAGUUCGGCGGCCUCCAGCGGACUUUGGAACUCAUCUUUCACAGAAAGCACAUCGACGACGGGUCAGAGUCCUUCUCUAGCUGCUAACAUAUAUGGGGAACUGUGUGGUCGAGAUAUGGUCAGGGACCAGCCUUAUCAAGGCUCCUCUACUCCGGUACCCGAGGCGGAUGAAGAGGAUACAUCGGUAGAUCGCAUGAACCAGACUAUGGAGGGCAGAGGAGAACAUCAUAAGUGGGAGACGGAGAGAGAAGUCUUGACGACUGAUUCCCGUACCGUCAGGAGUCUCGUACGAUUCACGUCGGAGACUGCCACAUCUGAUGGUGAUAGUCAAACGGAUCAGGACGCUGACGGCGCUGUGUUGUCCCAGACCUCACCGAAAUCUGAGCCCAAGUUAUCUCCUUCUGAACCGGGCGUUCUGCAGGAUGCGGGAACUAUUGUUCAAUCUCGAUGCGAGCAGCAUUCUUCAGAGGUCAUCGCAGUCUCAACGACGUCUGUGCAGACUUCGAGCAAUUGCUCGACCGAGAGCAGAAAAGAAUACAUCCAUCUAGACAAUUCUUCACAACAAUUGAUCGAUCUUCCUAGCGUCGUGCCAAACAUAUUGCCGGUGCACGAUGAUCCCCAGCUACCUCCUGCUGCGUUAAAUUGGGGAAAUGACUCUUCAAGUGGUUCCGGCGAGUCAUAUGUGAUUGCUUCCACUGUCUCGAACGAGGGUAACUCUAAGACAGUGGCAGUUGGCGCCUUUGUUGAACAUUCAGUUUCAAACGACGACGCCUAUCCUGUGUCAUGUGCUGAAGGGGCUGCAGUGGCUGUGGGAGCGCAACUAUACGAUUGCGUGCCUACAGAACCAGCGGUCAUAUCACUUCCUCAUCCUGUCGUCCAACGUGCGAUGACGCGUCAUUCAAACGUGGUUGACACCCCAUCUCAGGCGGAAAGUCAAGACAAUCUUUCCUCUGCUGUUGAAACGAGGAGUUACGGUGCGCGGGAGUCUGUGUGUGUUGAUGUCUCAACACUUGUGAUACGAGAUGCUUGCGGGGCGAGUACAGUUACCGUUGCGCCUAAUGAUCCACCCUUAAUUGACGAUCAGUUGACGCACAAUGCUGCAUCCGAUGGCGCAUGCAAAAGUUCAAUCUCCCUCGAUCACAGACCACUUACCAGACAAAUUACGGACAUACGUGAGGAGGUUGCCCAUCCUGCACCAUGCGCUGAGGGGACUGUGUCUGUGGAAGCACAACUAGAUGGUUACAUACGCGCAGAUCCAGCAGUCAUAUCACCUCCUCGUUCCGUCAUCCAACGUUCCAUGACGCUUGAUUCACACGCCGUUCAGAUCCCAUCUCAGGCUGAGAAUCACCAGAAGCUUUCUUACGCUGCCGAAAUGAGGUGUUGUGGUGCGCAGGAAUCUGAUUCCCGUACCAACAGGAACCUCAGACGAUCCAUGACGGAGUCUGUCGUAAUAAGUGACAAUAGACGAAUGAACGCGAACGCCGAGGGUGCUGUGGUGUUCCUGCCCUCCACUCAUACUGACACCAAGUUGUCUCCUUCUGAACAGGGCGUCCCACAGGAUGCAAGAACCAAUCAUGUUCGGUCUGGAUGCGACCAUCUGUCUUGCGAGGUUAUCACGGUCUCAACGACGUCCGUACCACCUAGUGUCGUGAGCGUAUCGCCGAUGUGCGAGGGUCCCCAGCUACCUCCUGUGUUAGACGGGAGAAAUAACUCUUCAAUUGGUUCCGGCGACAUUGAUUCUAUUGUCUCGAACGAGGGUGACCCUAAGGGGCCUGUGGCUGGAGGAGCGCAACUAUACGACUGUGUGCAUGCAGAGCCAGCAGUCACAUCUCCACAUCCUAUAAUCGUCCAACGUUUGGAGAAUCAAGACAAGUUUUCUUCCGUUACUGAAACGAGGAGUCAUGGUGCACGGCAGUCUGUGUGUAUUGAAGUCUCAACGCUUGCGAGACGAGAUGCUUGCGGGGCAAGCACAGUUACUGUUGCGCCCAAUGAUUCUCCCUUGCUUGACGACCAGUCGACGCACAAUGCUGCAUCCGUCGGUACAUGUGAGAGUUCAAUCUCCCGAGGCGCAUGCGAGAAUCCAAUCUCCAUCACCGCAUAUGAGAGUUCAAUCCCCCUCAAUAACGGAUCCCUUACCAAACAAUUUACGGCGGAGUAUUCCAUACGCGAGGAGGCUGAAGUACAGAGGAAGUUGCAGGACAUGGGCGCGUGUGUUUCCAGUGCUCCUACUGUCUCGAACAAGGGUGACUCUGAGACGGUGGUAGCCAGUGCCAUCGUCGAACAUUCAGUCUCACACGACAAAGGUUAUCCUGUGCCAUGUGUUGAGGCUGUGGGAGCGCAACUAUGCGAUUGCGUGCACGCAGAGCGAGAUCAAGACAAGUUUUCUUCCGUUACUGAAACGAGGAGUUAUGGUGCACGGGAGUCUGUGUGUGUUGAAGUCUCAACACUUUCGAGACGAGAUGCUUGUGAGACAAGUACAGUUACUGUCUUGCCUAGUGAUUCUCCCCGUCUUGGCGACCAGUUGACGCACAAUGCUGCAUCCGAUCGCGCAUGUGAGAAUCCGGUCUCCCUCAGCGCUUGCGAGACUCCAAUCUCCCUCGGUCCAUGCAAGAGCCCAACCCCCCUCGAUCACGAAUCCCUUACCAAACGAAUUGCGGCAGAUUAUUCCAUACGAGAGGAGGCUAGAGUACAGAAGAAGUUGCAGGAUAUGGGUGUGUGUGUUUCAGGCUAUCGCUGGAUCAAGCAGUCGGAAGGUUAUCGAUGCUCAGCAGGUGGCCAUUACGUUUCCAAUGCCGAGCUGGGUAUCUAGGUCGGAUUCAAUGGUACAACCAAGGACCUUGCCUGUUGAUGCUGAGACAGGCAUUGUCGUAAUUUAGAGAAAUGCACUAGAGAGCGAGAUCAGUGGACAUUUAUGCGAAGGUUGCGCUGGAAUAAUGUAUGCUUAGAAAUGAAAGUCGCCAGUACAAUGAUGCCAGCGAAUCAAUUUUUUUUGUCCUAGUCCACAUCGUAGACCGACAAAUGU